ACUAUGUCACCAAUUCUCUCGGGCGACAAUUCUCCAUCGCGUCAGCGGCGUGGUUGGCUUGAUCAGUCUGUAAAUGUGGCGGCGUUCGUACGCGAACAGCCCUUUCCUCUGUGGGCCAACGUCUACGGCGUGGUCUUUGGAAAGAGAGGCGAGUUCUAUGCCAUCGGACGUAUCAAGGCCAGUUGCAGCCUUCAGGUCAGCCUCUCCAUUAAUCCUCAAAACAUUUUGUAA